AUGGAGAUGGAAGGUUACAAGUUCACAUGGGAAAGAGGAAAAGGUACUGAAAAUUGGGUCGAGAUCAAGCUUGACCGAGCCCUUGUCACUCCAAGUUGGCUAGACAAAUUUCCCAAUGCAAAGCUCACCAAUCUUGAGGUUUCAACCUCAGAUCAUUGUCUAAUUCUUCUUACCCCUGUCGUACAAACUCAACAAGCAACUACCCGUAGCUUCAAGUUUGAAAAUGCCUGGCUCCGAGAGCCAAUGUGUAGGAAGCUAGUUGAAGACAUAUGGCUGUUGCACCACGAUUCACCUUUAGCAGUAAAGAUUGAAAAGUGCUCUGAAGUAUUGGCUGAAUGGGGAAAAGAGAUUACUGGUAGCUUCAAGACCAGAAUUUCUAAGUGUGAAAAAAGAAUAAAGCUUCUUAAAGGCAGGCGUGAUGCGGAUUCAGCAAAGAGAUAUCAAGAGGAGAAUGAAAGACUUGCUAAGAUGUUAACUCAAAAGGAGAUAUUCUGGAGACAGAGAUCAAAACAGUUGUGGCUAAAGGAAGGAGAUCAUAAUUCCAAAUAUUUCCAUGCUGCUGCCAAAACAAGAAAACGCAAUAAUCAGAUCAACAACCUUCGUGAUGAUUCAGGUUCAAUUGUUUGGUGGGAUAAUGGUCUUUAA